UAAUAAGUUUGUAAAUGUAAAGUUUCGUAUCAAAUACUGGUGGGUGUGAUUAAAAGAAAAGUACAAUUAAUUUGUAUUAAGUUUACAUCGCAAAUGAGGAAUAACAAUAAAAGAAAAAUUCCAAUGAGGAUCAGUUCAAAAACGGAUGGUUUCGUGUCCGUCAUGGAGGCUAUAUUUAAUAAGGCGAAAUGGUUUGGUAUUCCAACAUACGGAGGUAAUUUGGCAGUUUUCUGGACAAUAGUCAUGCUUGCAACGCUGUCUAUAAUAGAAGUUGCAGCUGUAUGGAAAUUGGCUCGACUUCUGACAAAAUCUGCUGGUCGUAAUGUGUCAGCAACACUCUCUGGAUCCAUUUUUUAUGGAAAUGCUCUGCUUUCAUUGAUGAUUUCUUGGAAGUUUGUUAAAUCAUGGAAAUCAUCAACAAGCUACUGGAUACGAAUAGAAUCAAGGGCUAGUUUUCUUUUACCGAAUAGUUCUAUUAGAAGAAAAGUAAAUUUUGUUAGUCUUUUUGUAGCUAUCUCAGCAACUGUGGAGCACAUUCUAAGCAUGAUAUCAGCUACAGGCGCAGAUUGCCCUCCUGAAGAUUAUUUCGAGCGGUAUAUAUUAACAUCGCAUGGAUUUUUAAUACAUGAUUACGAAUAUUCUUUGUGGCUGGCUAUACCAAUAUUUAUUAUGAGUAAAUCUGCAACCAUACUUUGGAACUUCCAAGACCUUAUCAUAAUCCUUAUGAGCAUGGGUCUGUCAUCUCGUUAUCACAGACUCAACAAUUUUGUCAAAGAAGUUGUAGAAUCCGAGAACGAGGUCUUGGCUGUGAAAAAAUUGGCCACAGGUUUUCACCUUCGAGUAGACGUGUGGCGACGUAUCAGACAAGCUUUCGUUCAGCAAUCAGCGCUUGUACGUAAAGUUGAUACAGAGCUCGGAGCGCUCAUACUGUUGUCCAACCUGAAUAAUCUGUAUUUCAUAUGUUUGCAGCUGUUUUUGGGUAUAAGAUCUAUAGAGGGCACAUUAAUAAACAGGAUUUAUUACUUUUACUCAUUGGGUUGGUUGCUUUUGAGAGCUAGUAGCGUUGUGUUGGCAGCUGCCGAAAUCAACCUCCACUCGCAAAAGGCAUUGCCGUUCCUUUCUUCAUUUCCUACCUAUGCUUAUAACAUCGAGAUAAAAAGACUUAUAUCCCAGUUGAAUAACGAUCAAAUAUCUCUUAAUGGUAUGGGAUUUUUUGCUCUGAAACGACAGAAGCUUUUAGAGGUGGCUGCUGCGAUUAUAAAAUAUGAACUCAUCUUAAUACAAUAUGACAAAUAUUAAAAAAAUGUGUAUCACAGUUAUUAAGGUUGUAAAUAAAUUUCAAUAAAAAAAAAGAAAACAAAUAUUUUUUGUAAAUAUAAAAGGAUCCAUAAAAAUAAUACUUUAAAGAAACCUAAACGAGUUUAGCUGUAGGUAAAAGUGGAAGUGAAAUAAAUUUUCUAUAUUUUUCAAUAUGUAAAAAAAUACAAUAAAUUUGAUUUUAUAAAUAA